GACCCAAACGAGAGCCAAGCACCACAAUCUUUCAAAGGGCACAGAACUCGAAAGUGUCUUCAAUGGCUGAAGAAGUAGUGUUGUUUGGUACGUGGGGAAGCGCCUUUAGCCGCAGAGUAGAGCUGGCUCUGAAACUGAAAGGAGUGGAGUACAAAUACAUGGAGGAAGAUCUGAGCAACAAGAGUCCUUUGCUUCUCAAAUACAACCCCAUUCACAAGAAGAUUCCUGUGCUCGUACACAACGGAAAGCCUAUCGUGGAGUCCCAAGUUAUUCUGGAAUACAUUGAUGAGACAUGGCAAGGACAUUCCUUGUUGCCCAAAGAUCCGUACGAGAGAGCCAUUGCACGUUUCUGGGCCAAGUUCAUUGACGACAAGUACUUUCCCGUAAUUUUUAAACCUUUGUGGUUUAAAGAGAAAGAGCAUGAGAAGGCUGUAGAAGAAGCACCUGAGCUUCUAAAGUUUCUAGAGGAUGAGCUCAAGGAAAAGAGGUUUUUUGGAGGAGAGAGUAUUGGAAUGGUAGACAUUGUUGCUAACAUCAUUGCCUUUUGGCAAGGAAUUUUUGAAGAAGCGUCGGGAGUAGAAUUGUUGGCGAAAGAGAAAUUUCCCAAACUUACCAAUUGGAGUCAUGAGUUCGUGAGCAAUAGUGUUGUCAAGGAAUGUCUGCCUCCAAGAGACAAAGUAAUUGCCUAUUUACGAAAACGCUGGGAGGGCUAAUGCUUCCAAAUAGAUGAAUUUACCAUCGACACUCACAGUUGGUGAAAAUCGCUUGCAUAAUAAUUCACCACGGUAGGAAGUGGGCUUCUGUCAUGUGCUUGUAAUUUCAUCUUAUUUUCUGUCAUUAUGUCGUGAAUCUGCAUGUUUUUCUUGUUCUUUUUGUUUUGUAUUUUUCAAGCUUUUAAAGUUUAUGUCUGUGAUAACCUAAAACAACCAGCAAGUGAAGCCGAGUCUUGUAAUUCUUCGAAAUGAUGGUUUCUCAUUUCUCUGUCUUGAAUAAAUUUAUGUUAUGUUCAAUGUUUUGGGUCCAAAUUAAGGUCGAAUUAUG